UCUCCAUCAUUUCCACAAACAACUCCCUCCAUUUCCAAGUUUCAUAUCUUAGAAAACCAAACUCCUCAAAAGCAGAUAAUUUUCUUUUCAUUGAUAUCAGAAAAAGAAAAACCGAGAAACAUGGCAGAGAAAACUCAACAGGCUUAUCCUUCAGCACCAGCAAACCAUGGUUACCAAAGAAGUGAUGCAGAGUCUUUGGAAAAUGCUGAUGAGCUGAAACGCAAGAAGAAAAUCAAAAUGGCCAUAUUUAUUAGUAUUUUUGUUGUUUUUCAGAUCAUAGUUAUCACCACAAUGAGUCUCACUGUCAUGAAAGUUAAGACCCCCAGGUUCAGGCUAGGCAACAUCAACGUCCAAAGCUUCGAAUCUGUCCCGGCAACGCCUUCAUUCGACACGAAAUUCACAACCCAAAUCAAGAUCAAGAACUCAGCCAACUGGGGUUCCUAUAAGUUCAAUGCUGCCAAUGUCACGUUUCAAUACCAAGGCGCGACUCUGGUAGUAAUUAAUAUUGAAAAGGGCAAGGCUGGAUGGCUUUCGACUAUAAAAAGAAAUGCGGAGGUGAGUUUGAAUUCAAGUGGAAUAACUGGUUCAAAUCUUGGCAGCGAAUUGAGCAGCGGGGUGUUGACGCUCAACAGCGUAGGCAGAUUGAAUGGAAAAGUUGCAAUUAUGUUCAUAAUGAAGAAGAAGAAGGCUACCAACAUGAACUGCACCAUAGCUUUUGAUGUGGCAGCCAAGACGCUCAAAUCUUUGCAAUGCAAGUGAAAACAGCUAGGACACAUCUCUAUAAUGAUGUGGAUUUUGGAUUGAUGAAGAGUAUUUCUUGGAUUAUUUUUCGUCAUUGAUAUUCUUUAUUUAUAUAGCUAUUUAUGAGUGACACUUGUAUUGUAUUUUGUUGUAAAAUUAUGAUACUAGUUUACCUUUUUAAUCACUGAACCGUCGCUAUUCUUUUUA